AUGAGAGAAAUAAUACAUAUAGGUUUGGGGAACUGUGGAGUCAGAAUAGGAUGCAAAUUCUAUGAAUAACUUAUUCAAGACUAUUAAAUUGAAAAUAACAGGACUUGUGAAAAACCUGUAGAAGGAAUAGAAGUACACUUUAGUGAGAUUGGAGAUAAAAAGUUUGUUCCCAGAUCAAUUUUAUGUUCAAGAGAUGUAGAAUAGAUACUUGCGAAUCCAUAAUCUCUUAUUUUCAAUCCAAAUAACUAUUAAAUGGAUUUAGAAGAAUGUUUGCGUAAGGAAGUGGAAAUUUGUGAUAACUGCCAAGGAAUAUAGAUAACUCAUCAUUUAAGCACAGAUAUCAGCACAUUAUAAAAUGUUGUUGAAACUUAUAAAAAUGUUGUAUAGACCUUUACAAUCUUCCCUAAUCAAGAAUAUGGACAUGAUAUAGUAAAAAGUGCGUAGAAUUUUAGUAUUCUUGAAGGAUUAAAUGUGGUUGCCUUUGAUAAUUUCGGAUUAAAUGAUUUCUAUUCAAGAUAAUAUAAAUCGACAUUAACAUUUAAUGAUUACAAUAUGUUAAUAGCAACAGUAAUGAAUGCCAUAACAUCACCAAUGAGAUAAAGUGGCAAUUAUACUUUAGAGAAAAUGUAUUCAGUUGCUUCAUUAAUGAAUAUAGAAGUUUGCAAACUUGUUCAGGAUAAACAAUCUCAGAUAAAUCUUCAAUAAAUUAUGGAUACAAAAUUAUUGAUUGAUACUAGUUAGAAUGUGAAUGAGAAGAUCAUACAAGCAACUCUUUUUGCAAGAACAAAUCAAUUAACACCAAAUUAAUUACAUUAACAAUUGUAAUAAACUGCAAAAUAGUUCUACAACAAUAUAAUUAAUUUAAAUUAUCAAAUAACUUCUUAUAAGUAAGAGAUAUUAAUUUCAUUGUAUAAAUCUUCUCACAUAAAAUUUAAAUUACAAUAGUUGAAGAAUAAUGUCAAUUUGUUGAAAGCAAGAAAAGCAUUUAAUCAAAUAUAUUAAUGGGAUGAAUAACCUUAAAAUCUUGAAUAUAUAAAUAAAAUAAUUUCUUUAUGUGAUCAAAUUGUAAAUACUCAUUAAGAAUAAUAAUAACAAUAAUAAUAAAUUUCAGCUUAAGCAUCAAGUCCAAUAUCAGUUUCUGAUAACAAGAUGGAGAAACAAAAAGACUACAUUAAAGCAUCAGAACAAGUUGAAGCAUCUCCAAAAAAGUAAAUAUCUAUAGGGCAGUAACUUAUAUCAAGAAAUGGAUGA